GAACGCUGCUUGCAUCGGCAACUUGGAAAGUAGAGGUGAUUAACAAAAGGAAGCUCACGGAAUAUUUAACACUGCAGAAACAAAGACUUAGCAAAUUAAACUGAAAUCCAAUUCUUAAUUGAUUAUUAACAUCUUAGGACUUCAAGUCUAGUAAAUAUUAAAUAUGAAGCCUUCGGAAAGCGGCGAUGACUAUGAAGAACCUGAACACACACGUAAACUUUUUAUCGGUGGACUCGACUACAGAACCACAGAUUCUUCAUUAAAAGAAUUCUAUGAGCAAUGGGGAGAAAUAGUAGAUGUAGUUGUAAUGAAAGACCCAAAAACCAAGAGAUCAAAAGGAUUUGGGUUUAUUACAUAUUCUCAAGCCCAUAUGGUUGAUGAAGCUCAAAAUAAUAGGCCUCACAAAAUUGACGGAAGAAUUGUCGAGCCAAAACGAGCAGUUCCAAGGGAAGAGAUUAAAAGACCAGAAGCUAGUGCCACUGUUAAAAAGUUGUUUGUAGCUGGACUGAAGCAAGACAUUGAAGAAGAAGACUUGAGAGAGUAUUUUAGUACAUUUGGAAAUAUUGUUUCUGUUAGUGUUGUGACAGAUAAAGAAACAGGAAAGAAAAGGGGCUUUGGUUUUGUAGAGUUUGAUGAUUAUGAUCCAGUUGACAGAGUAUGCUUGCAACAAAAUCACCAAAUUAAAGAUCAACAUUUGGAUGUGAAAAAAGCAAUAUCGAAAACUGACAUGUCUGGCGGGGGUAAUGAUAGAGGAGGUCGCGGUCGACGCGGGGGUCGGGCGGGAGGCGGCGGAGGUUGGAGUCGUUCUGAUCAAUGGGGAAAUCAAGAUGGUAGUUUUAACCAGGGGCAAGGAUACAGUCAAGGUGGCAACUGGGGGAAUCAAAACCCUUGGGACGAUAAUGGUGGCGGAAACUGGUCUAAUCAGGGCUAUGGAGACCAGGGUAAUUGGGGGUCCUUUGGUAGUGGAUACCAACAAAGUUACAGUGGUGGUCCCGUGAGGCCUAAUUAUAAUACGCAAAGGCAACAGCCAUAUAAUUCUGGUAGCGGUUAUGGGUCGUCCGGAUACAAUUCUGGAGGCACAGCUCCUGCAACCGGUAACCAGCGCAGGUUUUAAACUGCUUCACUAAACAUGUCUCAAGUUGCUAAGUUGAAGCUAGGCAGGCAGACGGUAGAGUAGUGACCGAAGGUAGGCUUGCAACAACUAGCCAAUGACAGACAAGCGGCAUAGUGAGGCGAAAUUAAUUUUGAAUAUUUUAUAAAUCGUUCUAUCCACUCAGGUUUGUUCACAAGGUAUUAUAGGUACUAUAGAAUAUAACGUGCAUUAAACACAUAGUUACUAGUACUCAAAAUUCUAAUAGUUUUUACGUAAAUUAUUUGAAGACAUUUUUACAUUCAUUCAUUCAGAGAAUUCAAGAUUUAUGUUUCUCUAAACGUUUGUAUAAGAUGCACGAAGUAUGUGUCUUAAAUUGUUUUCUUUUUACUAUUUUGUUUUUCAUUAAAAAUAAGCAGUAAAUGUUCUCAGACGUAUUUCGAAGAAGAAAAAAUAAAAAGUUAAAGAAAUACAUUCCUAACGUUUUACUUAGUUAUAAGACGACAACAUUUAAUAUUGAAUGCGUUAACGCAGACUCGUAUUUACAAAUAAUCGAUUAACUGUCCAACGAGAUUAAGAAGAUAUUUAUUUUUGAGAAUAUAAUACAUUAUAAUUUUUUGUUGUAAAACUGAAAGGUGCCUGGUUAUAAACCAGAGAUAUUGAGUAUUACCGUUUUAAUUUCUAAGUUGAAAAGUGCAACGCCUAAUUAUAUUGUUCUUAUAAUAAUUGUGAUUUGACCUUUUUGUUUAUCAUUAAGAUUUAAAAAAAAAUAAGUUUUAUUUGUCAUGUUAGAAUAGUAUGAUAUAUUUUGUUAUUGUAUGUGUGGAUAAAAUUAAAUGAAUACUAUUUUUCAUGGAUUCCGCUUAAACGGUGUCGAGCUUUCCUCAAUGGAAAUGGCCGUGGUAAGUUGACCAAAUAAAACCAUACAAAAUA